AUGUUACAUCCUAAUUCAAUGGCCGAACCAGGACCAUCGCUUUCAGUUCCAAGAGGGGCAGUAACCCAGGAGGAUAGAGAAGAUGCACACGAACACAUCCAAUUUCUUUUGCAAGAAACAAGAAAGGGUCGCCGAGCUAAAAUGAAACAUGAAUACAUCCAUGAACCGACAAAAACUCUCAUUCUAUCGUGGAAAAUGGAUGAGUGGGAUUACAAAAAAGAUCGCGCGUUAACAAGUGCGAGGGGGUUGUUUACUAGAGUAGCUGAGGAUGGAAUGCACGAGAUUGUGAUCAGAGGUUAUGAUAAAUUCUUUAACAUUGAUGAAGUUUCCAAGACCAGGUGGGAAAAUAUAAAAGAAAAUACUAUUCCUCCAUAUGAAUUAAUCGUCAAAGAGAAUGGAUGCAUUAUAUUUAUUAGCGGACUACCAAAUGGCCAGAUCCUAGUUACCAGCAAACAUUCUAUGGGUAUCAGAAUUGAUGCGACGGUUAGCCAUGCUGAGAAAGGUCGUGAAUGGCUAGAGAAACAUCUACAAAAAGCACACAAAAAAAAGGAAGACCUUGCUAGGUAUCUUUAUGAAAACAAGCUCACAGCCGUAGCAGAGCUCUGUGACGACACAUUUGAAGAACAUGUUUUGCCAUAUACCGGGGAUGACAGCGGAUUGCGUUUACAUGGCGUUAAUUACAAUACCAAAGAUCUUAGAACAUGGCCAAGCAAGCAAGUAAUUGAAUUUGCCAAAGAGUGGGGUUUCCUUGAAGUCAAGUACUAUGUCAAACAAAGUGCAGAGGAAGCCAAACAGUUCACUGAUGAGGUCAGACGUGAUGGCGUAUUAGAUAACAUGCCAAUUGAAGGCUUUGUGGUGAGAACAAAAUUGAAGAAUGGUGAAAAGGACUUUUUCUUCAAAGUCAAAUAUGACGAUCCCUAUUUGAUGUAUAGGGAAUGGAGAGAGAUAACGAAAAAGCUACUUAAUCCGAAAAAAGCAAAGAGGCCAAAACCAACAUUUGAAUUGAGCAGGGAUUAUAUUGUGUGGGUGGAAAACAAGAUAAAGACCGAACCAGAACUAUUUAAGGAAUACAUGAAGAAUAAAGGUAUUUUUAAAGUGAGAGAUUUAUUCUUGGAGUCUCGCAACUUGCAAUCUAGUCCACAGAUAAGUGAUAAAGCGACGGAGCGGGGAGAACGUCGUUUUGACAAAACUUUGAUAAUGCCAGUGGGAACUGUUGGUUGUGGGAAAACUAGCCUUGGUCUGGCUUUGGCGCGUCUGUUUGGGUUUAGUCAUGUUCAAAACGAUAAUGUCACUGGAAAGGAGACAAGAUCGAAAUUCCACAAAGCAAUCUUGAGAGAGUUUGAGACAAAUGAAGUUGUCAUAGCGGACAGGAAUAAUCAUAUUCUUAAAUUGAGAGAGACGCUCAUCGAUGCAGUGCGAGUACGGUAUCCAAAUGUUCACAUUAUUGCAAUCACCUGGACUUACCCUUCAAAAGACGAAGUUUUCCGGAUAACUGCUGAAAGAGUCUACAACCGGGGCACAAAUCACCAGUCGCUUACAACAGAUAAUGCAGGAUACGAGAAAGUUAUCAGAACGUUUUUAAAUACAUUCCAAUCGAUAAAUACUGAUAGGAAACCCGACAGCCUGAUCGAAGAUAUUAUACAAGUUGAGAUUGCAUCCGACAUAAAGACAAGUCUACUAACUGUCAUAGAUAAACUGAAACCUUCACUUGACUUGAAGAAUCCAAGCGAUGAAGACAUAGAGAACGCGUUAGAAGCUGUCAGAAAUUACAAGCCAACUGUUAAGAAGGCGAUCAAAAAGUCAAAGCCGUUUUAUUAUGCUAUACCAAUCCGAGAUGAUUUAGAGGGCUUUCUCAGGGACUAUUUCUCAACACAUCCGGAUGUCGAUUCUAAAUUGUUUAACGACAUGGUCGAGUCUUCUCGCAUUUUCAAGGCAUUUCACAUAACUCUUUGCCACAAGGAGGAUUUAAAGGCCAAUCAAUCAUUUAGAUCUCAUUGGGAUCGCUUGAAUGAUCAGGUUAAUGUUGAGGUGCAGGUCACAGUGGAUAAGUUGGUCUUUGACUCUGAGGUUAUGACGCUUACCGUUAAAGAUAUUUCUCCUCAAAAUAUCCCAUGUGUAAACAAGCAUCCCCAUAUAACGAUUGGAACUAUCAGAUCUGAAGUCAAACCGUACAAAACUGUUAAAUUGUUGGACAAGUCGUUUAGUAAUCAGAGACCAGAUGGGGUUACCAUAAUAGAUUUGGGAGAUCAAUCUUUAACAUUGGAUGGGCACGUUCAGGCGGUAUUCACUAUGUAG